GAUUGUGGCGACACGCGGCAGGUGCCUGGCGGAUUCGCACGGUACGCGCGGUGUGAGGAGUUGUGGUGGAGGGAUAUACAGUGAAGUCUCUGCCACAUACAUGGGAUAUACGCUGUGUGGCUGCACACGGGAUACUGGUCGCAGAGCGUGUUGCCCCAGGCCGGAUUACACUCAACACAGGGAGAUGAGGUAACUGUCUGGCAGUGACACAUCACAACAUCAUGGCAGGCGACAAGCACGACCACCACGGGAAGAAGCCAGUGAAGGGUGGACGAGUCCAGGCAACGCAUCACGGCCAUCGCCGGAAACCCAGCGAUUCCAGAACAAAGUCUACCAAGACAAGUAAACCCGAGACACAACAGAAUCUAAAACCAAAGUCCCCUCAGAUCGAAGUUCCCCCUGACAACGACGUCACCGUUGACAAUGACGGUGAUUCAAGGCAAGAGGAGCAGGUGUUUCAGAACGGAGAGGAACGAAUUCUUCUUGCUCGCAACGAUGAGAAUGAUAGAGACGAUGACGUCAUGUCGACGAGGAGCGCAGACGACACACCAACUUCCGGUAUGAGCCGGACAGUGGAGGAGGAGACUGGACGCACGACCCCGUAUCAUCACCGGUAUAAUGAAAACUUUGACAUCAAGUCAUUCAACAGCAGCAUCGGGGACUUCGUAGAGAUGUUUUCCGAGCCCCGGUAUCAGGAGGUGGAUGCUGACUACCCCGUCGACGACCUGAUCUCCGUCGUCUCCAUGGUGUCUGCCAGCAUCGAGGAGUUCAAGUCGUACACGUCUGACUCACAGCGGCAGCUGGAGGACCUGAGAGACAAGAUGAGGACGGUGAAGGAAAACAUUCACAUGAGCGUCACCAGGCAGGCCUUCGAGAUUAAGUCAGAUGAAGAGCUGCAGACGGUCGAAGAGAAGGAACUGACACACAAACUCACGUCACUUAACGCUGCCGUUGCCAAGGCCAACGCGGAGGUAGCAGAAGCCGUGCGUCUUUCCGCCGACACCGAGAGUACCGCAGUGAAGGCUGGGAUAGCUGCCGAUAGGGCCAGGGAGGAGGCCAAAAGAUUGCAAGAAGAAAUAGAGUUGCGUGCAAAGAUGGAAGCCGAGAAGAAGGCAGAGGAAGAACGGAGGAAGGAGGAGGAAGAUAGGAAGCGCGAGGAAGAGGAAAGACGAGCUGAGGAGGAGAAGCGGGCGAAGGAGGCUGAGUGGAGGAGGCGAGAAGCUAGUAACCUGGAGAAGAACCCCUGGGAGAAGUGGCCAGUGAAUGAGUACGACGUCGGCAACUCCUCAAGCGACAUCAGCGUGGGAUGUAUCAUCCGGGGUCAUCCCGCCAGCUUUGACCGGAAUGACGUCACACUUGACCUGGUAGAUCUGGACACCUUGGAUAUCACAUACAGGCCGCAUGAGGAACUGAUAAGUCACGUGGUCAAGCUGACGUCAUCCAAAGGGGACGACACAAACUUAGAGGAGGCGUUGUACGUCGCCCUGCCGCACCUGAUGACCCGGGCGUCAGCUGCAUCACGGGAGGCCGUCAUCAAGGCGGACAUUGGGGGCCAGUGGUCGGAACUUCCGACAAGGGAGGUAACCUUCGACAACCAUAAGGACCUGAAAUUCGCACAAGCAGAAGUAAAGAACCUUACGACGCUUCUCGUAAUGUCACGUUUCAAACGAGACUUCGUGACGUUGUCAAAGAGGUCAUCGAAAGUGACGUCAUCAUACGACCAUAGAGUAACUAUGGUCAUCCCACGUGAUACGUUCCUGGGCAAGGAACAUUUCUUAAUGCAGGUACAGCCAGUAGAUUCUGCCUCGGUUCACGACUAUCGGUUGCGGGAUGUCCGGGCGAAGGGGUUGCUGACGUCGAGUCCAGUAGUGUACAUGGAAUGGGAGACGACUGAGUUGCAGAAACCCAUAUCUGUCAGUCUUCCCUGUCCACCCAACCCCGCCAAGGCCAAGAAGCUGGCUCAGAUCCGGAAGUUGAAGGAGGAGAAGAUGAAGAACCCGAUCCGGACUGUCCCUGUCACUAUCGAGGAGGAAGAGAAAGAGAAAGAGAGGAAGAGACAGCAGAUGCUUGAGGGGGAGGAGAAGAAACACGGACAUAACAAGUGGUACAUGGGCGAGUACGGCGCUUCAGAUGAUGACGAGAAUGACUUGCUGUUCUUCCUGUCCUUCGCUUACGGCCGAUGGUCAGUCCAGCCAGACGUCGCCAUCACCCAGGCUAAACUUGACCUGUUGACCUUUGCAAUUACCAAGCCGUACGACAGGUUCAUGGUGAUCCGGACACGGACCAAUAUAGUGGAAGAGACGGCAGUUUCCAUAGCAACGGGACUCAACGACUACCUCUCAAGGAGACACGUCCAGAUCGUGAUGAAGCAGAGAUCGGAUGACCCAUUCGACGCAACGCUGCACGUGACCCCCGUCAACAAGGCGGAGAAGUUGCUGAACAAGCUGGCUGAUGACGGAUACGGGGAUGGUCCAAGCGCCAGUAACGUCCUCAACAUCUCCGAGGGCGACACCAUCGAGGUGACGUUCCGCGGCAACAUCACCUCCACUGACGACCAACCUAUCGAGCUCCAGUUCAACUCCAACGUAGCGUCUAAUGUCGUGUUUUCCCUGACGGAAGUGGACAGGUACCUCCAAAAGAAUUUCCCCGUGUACAGGGGCGUGGUGCAGGUUUACCGGAAGUACACAGUGGUUCCGUCGGGAGUCCGGUCCAUCACGCGGAAGGUUUCCGAAGACGAGGCCAACCAGGGACCGGAAGUGAAGAGGGAUCUUUUGUGCGAACUAUUGAUAAGCAUACCGAAGUACCAUAUCGAGCCGAGUUCCGUGCCUGUCAAGGCUCCAAUAACAAUCCACAACACACGGGACCCGGUGAACGAGGACUACAUGCACAGCCUGGCGGCGGAGCUGGGCGAGGAGUGGAGGAAGGUGGCGCACUAUCUCAACGUGCAGCGCGUGCGGCUCCAGGCCAUACUGCGCAACAUGCAGCUGGGGGAGAGGUCAGAUGAGGAUGCCAAGUUCGAUAUGUUGAUGACGUGGCUGAAGAGAGCGCCAAAGUCGUGUGAUAAGGUAGCCAUAUUGUCCACUGCCCUCAGUAAGAGCGGAAGAGGGGACCUGUCAGACCAGAUCCGCACCCGCCAGAGGGAGUACCGGGAACGACGGAUAGAAAGCCGCUGAUUGGUCAGCUCCGUGACCUCAUAAUGCAAUAUGGACGUCCAGGCAGUAGGGAGAACCAAUCACAGACCGUUCACGGAGGAAUGAGGAAUGACAAAUUGGACAUCAUUGUGACAGACACAAAUUUAUACAUAUUAAUAUUUUGUUGAUGUCAUUUCUGCAGCAUGUACGUCGAUAUUGUCAACACAUCCUGUUUAGCCGACCUGCUGAUGUACACUUUCAAUAUAUUAACUUACUGCUUCCUUACGUAACUACCAACAGUCACACUAAUGUACAGAGUUAACGUCCAGUAGAUAUCAUAUUUAUAUGUAGCUGAAUAUUACCUGACGUCAUGACUGACUGAGUUUAGUUUUACGCCGCUUUUAGCAAUAUUCCAGCAAUAUCACGGCGGGGGGACACCAGAAAUGGGCUUUACACAUUGUGCCCAUGUGGGGAAUCGAACCCGGAUCCUCGGCGUGACGAGCCAACGCUUUAUCCACUAGGCUACCCCACCGCCCCCCUGACAUCAUGAACUUAGAGUACAGCAACAUACAAUAGCAACCUACAGUUUGAUAUUGAAAAAUGAAGCAAUAUUCUCUGUCCAUGUGCCUUGUAACUCGUUUGGUUUAUCCCACGUAUAGCGAUACCGAACCUGUGAUACCUACUUUUAUGUACUGACCAAAACAUAGGGAUUAUGACAUUUGAACAUACCAUAGAUACUUAAAUAAAGUCAGUCCUUACUAUAUAAUUUUGUGUUGACCCCAAAGUUCAUUCCGUAUAUAUCACGGAACAUGUAUGUAUCUCCAAUAAAUCAGUAUUUAUUUAUUUUAUUUAAAUGUUUGUACAGAUCGCCGCCCAUCAUGAAAAUACAAGGGGCGUACAAUCAACUCAAUUACCGUUCCUGCCACUGCACUGACGGAAAUGCAGUAAUUCCAAUUUAAUGCUACCCGAACACAUUCCUAGGAGCAAAAUUAUUAUGAGUGGCAUUGCUGUUAUUGUUAAUUAUGUAUUCAGUGUAAAUCUGAGGCUAUCUGUUUUGAUACACAGCCCGUAUAACGUGUAUCUGUAUUUUCAAAUACUGUAUUUGGAUAAACUGGAGGGUUGAUGUUUUUUUAUCAGACUGUAUGAACAUUAUUGUAAUCUUGUAGCAUUUUAAUGUACAGGUUGGCAGCUGUGUGUAUAUACAUGUAUUUACUUAAACUGAAAUGUACUGGGUCCAAGCUGGGACACCUUGUAUGUGCAUCUUAAGCUUUAUAUUAUAUAAUAUUAAUGUUUUAAUGACAGGCCACAUACAGAACACACAAGUAUACAUCUAUUAUUUCAUCAACAUAUCCACACGUCCUUACUCAACUCAUGCAUCUACAGUCAGGCUGAAUCCCGCCCAGAACUGUUUCCGUCCGCUCCGCUGUAUUUCAAGCAUCAAGUCUAUCUGUGAUCCGUCUUCGUCUUUGAUAUAUGCAAUAAACCGUUGAAUUAUCA